AUGAUACCGCAGUCCAUGCAAGCUGAGAUGCUGCUGAAAAUCCAUGCAAACCACUUUGGUCCUGAAUCAAAUGUACGCAUGGCACGAGACGUACUAUUCUGGCCCGGGAUGAGACAAGCAGUGUUUGAUAUGUGCAACAACUGCAGUACCUGCGCACAGUAUGGAUCAAAGUCAACAAAGGAACCUAUGCGAUCACUUCCGAUUCCAACACUACCAUGGCAGAUCAUCAGCCAAGACAUCUUCCAGUACAGACAGAAAGCCUACCUUGUAACAGUGUGCCAUUUUUCUGACUGGAUCGAAGUGGAUGAACUUGACGACACUUUGGCAACAUCAGUCAUUAACAAAACCAAAGCUCAUUUCGCCAGGUUUGGCGUUCCACGUAUCUGCCACACAGACAACGGACCACAAUUCACCAGUAAGGAUUACAUGGACUUUGCCUCUCAGUACGGGUUCAAACAUACCACCUCAAGUCCCUAUCACUCCCAGGGCAACGGCCGAGCCGAGGCAGCAGUGAAAGUAUCGAAGUCUAUGCUAAAGAAAUCAGAUGACUUCCAAAUCGCCUUGCUCAAUUACAGAAACACACCACCAAAAGACCACACCUACUCUCCUGCCCAACGCAUGGUGAGCCGCCGGACACGAACGACGCUCCCAACAGCUGACCACCUUCUCGAGCCCAUGUCAAUCAACCGUGACACUGUAUCAGCAGAACUCAAGGCCAAACGCAACACCAGUAAAGCUCACUAUGACAAGACUGCGGGCCCAGAGCAGAAUAGCAUCAACAUUGGUGAAUUUGUGUAUGCACGACCACCGACAAGCAAACCAGGCAACCCUUGGGCAUAUGGCCGUGUCACCGGACAACGCCACUCAAGAUCUUACACCAUACAAACGCCCCACAGUACCAUUCGACGAAAUCGGAUACACAUCAGGCAUGCAGUACCUCCUCCUCCCCAAACACCACCGUGCACCCCACCCACGCUCACGCCUAGACCAGGCCACAGCCUUGCAAAUCACUACAAUCGUCUAGGAUCAGAGCUGAAUAUGCCCACUAAUCAGCCUACACAGCAACCACCUCCCUCAUUGGACAAAAGUAACAGCGGCCCAGUUCUCGACACCCCUUCCCCUCCACAACCACAAGAACCAAGCACACCAGCCACGGGCCCAAGUGAGCUGCCUAUCGACACACCCCUUGCUACAAUUCAAGAACAGCCAAGGGAUCACCAACCCGAAAUGAGAACACGCACAAGACUCAUCAAACCACCAACUCGGUUCAAAGACUUUGAACUCAAGUAA